CCUCUCUCGUCUCACGUUCGUUUUUGUUUCUAAUCCUCAUUCGCAAAGCAAACCACUUGCGGAAUCCUCAUGUGUUUCACUCGCCGGAAUCCCUCCGGUUUUUGAUCGACUUUGGUUUUUCUUCUCUUGAUUCUGCUUGUUUGUUUGCAAAAGAUUGCUUUUUUGCGGAACCCUGGCAGGGAGAGCUCCUAAAGCUCGCGUCUUUGGGCGAUUGCUUUUGUUCUAUUUCCGUUUGAUGGGUGUGGCGCCGCGACCGAUCUAUGUUUUUGUUCAACAAUAGGAAAGAUUCCUCCCGCUCGGGGCGGGGCAAGAUGGAGUCCAAGCAGCAGCAGCAGCAGGGGAGGCCGCGGCUGGAGCGGCGAAACGCGGUCAAGAAAGUGGAGCAUGAGGCGGCGGAGGUAUCGUGGUCCUCUUUUGCCUCCGCCCCGUCGGAAGAGACUCACAAUCUCCGCGGCACGCGAUCUUUGGAUAUCUUGCCGUCGGGGUACGCGCACCAAACCAGCUUCCGGAUCGGCGGCAGCAUCGAGGGCGAGGUCCAUAUGUUAUGCCGCAGCCUUGGCCUCGACGGACCAGAUGGGUUUGGAAUUUCUAUUGCCGACUGGGAGAGGCACAAGGUGAGGUCGUCCUCCGACAUCCUUCCGAGGUCAAGGCUUCUCCAGAUGGACAGUUCGACGCAUACAGAUCUCACCUUUCCGUCUGAAGACCUCAACUCGGCAUCUGACUCAGUUCCUUCUGAGCCUAUUUCAGCAUCCGGAGAAGAACAAAUUCACCAGACGGAUCCCACAGAGAAAGAUGUACAGCUUCGGCCAGAUGAUUUUGGCGUUUCUAUUGCCGACUGGGAGAGGCACGAGGUGAGGUCGUCCUCCGACAUCCGUCCGAGUUCAAGGCCUCUCCAGAUGGACAGUUCAGCACAGAGAGAUCCCAUCUUUCCGUUUGAAGAUCUUACCUCGGCAUCUGACUCAGUUCCUUCUGAGCCUAUUUCAGCACCUGGAGAAGAACAAGUUCACCAGAUGGAUCCCGCAGAGAAAGAUGUACGGCUUCCUUAUGUUCAAACAGCUGGAGCUACAGUUUGUGACCCCGAACCUGCAAAGUCUCCUAUGACUCCCGUUGUUGGUGGAGAUAGAGGAAUCAGAGGAGUUAGGCCUCCGGCUCUUUCUUCUCCAAGGCCAAGGCUCGACAACAAUCCACCCCCAAUUCUUAAACCACCACCAUCAAUGAACCGCCCAGUCAUCGAUCAUGAAAGCUCGACUUGGGACAUUGUUAGGUCGUUUGCACAAGAGGAAAGUGAUCUUGAUGCAGACAGGUGGAAGCCUGAGGAUUUGGAGAACAACGAGGAUGAGGAGAUUCAUGUGGCAGAUGAAGUCAGUGAGGAGGAGUUGCGGGAGAUAUGGUUCGGAGAAACGUCUGAAGAUUUCACAGGGACUUCUUCUUACUCAACAAUGAAUGAUGAUGACUCAUGCAGUACAACUACUGAGACAAUGCUGACCAUAUCGCCAAAUGGGAAGUUAAGAAGAAAGAUAAAGUCCUGGACACGUGGUGUUCUCCUGGGAAAUGGUUCCUUCGGCAUGGUGUAUGAAGGGAUGAGCGAAGAGGGCUUUUUUUUCGCUGUUAAAGAAGUGUCCUUGCUUGACCAAGGAGCCAAUGCCCAGCAAUGUAUUUUUCAACUUGAGCAGGAGAUUGCACUUUUGAGCCAGUUCGAACAUGAAAAUAUAGUUCAGUAUUAUGGCACAGACAAGGAAGACACAAAAUUAUUUAUCUUCCUGGAACUCGUGACACAAGGCUCUCUUGCAUCCUUAUAUCAAAAGUAUUCCCUGCAAGAUUCCCAAGUUUCAGCAUACACCAGACAGAUUCUAAAUGGCUUAAAGUACCUUCACGAUCGGAAUGUUGUGCACAGAGAUAUUAAAUGUGCAAACAUAUUGGUUCAUGCAAAUGGCUCUGUGAAACUCACUGAUUUUGGAUUGGCAAAGGAGAUGACCAAAAUCAGUAUGCUGAAGUCUUGCAAAGGCAGUAUAUAUUGGAUGGCUCCUGAGGUUGUUAAUCCCAGAAGGUCAUAUGGACCUGCUGCAGAUAUAUGGAGCCUCGGAUGCACCGUUUUGGAGAUGCUUACUCAUCAGAUACCAUAUCCUAACCUGGAGUGGGCACAAGCUUUGUUUAGAAUUGGCCGUGGCGAACCACCUACAAUUCCAAUAUCCUUGUCUAAAAAUGCCCGUGAUUUCAUUAGCUUGUGCGUGAAAGUGAACCCCGAGGAUCGUCCCACAGCUUCUCAACUGUUGAACCACCCAUUCGUCAUGAGAUCUAGAGUUUCUCCGGGAUCUAACUCUUCUUCCUUCAAUAACGAGCGAUGACAAUUCUCACACAUGCCAAUACGAGACUUUUAAAGCAUCUAGAAUCUUAAACAGUGCUACAAGUUGGCGAGUCAACACAAUCAGGUUGCGCAGUUGAUCUCUCGUUUACUCGAAAGUUGAUCCAUGAGGAAAGGGCCCAUGGAAUUUGGCCGCACAGGAAGAUCGAUAAUUCGAUAUGCAUUCCUAUCGCACAAGGUGAAUGCAUGAACUUUGUGUUCUUGGCUUGAGCAAGUAUUAUGAGGUCGUAUUUAGUUGAGACAGGAGUGUUCUAAUGUGGCCCUCGUCAAGGUGGUGUUUGGUGUAAAAGUGUUCAGUGUGCUUUUCUUUUUUCAAGUUCAACUUGUUGGUAAAUUAGGUUUCUUUUUUCUUUUUAACAAUUAGGUUGAAAUUAACUUAUUUGAUGCCUUUGGAGCUUGUACAAAUGAUAUUUAAUUAUUUAAAAAAAAAACUUUGCCAUAA